AUGUGUCAGCGGUGGUGAAAAAGUGCUGGUGUAAAUCAUUCGUGAUAUUUUUCGUGGAUUUUCUGUAUGAAAAUGUGCCCUGGCGUGUCUCUGUUAUAACAGAAGUUCAUCUUAGUAGCCUUGCCAAGGAAGUUAAUCAAAAAGCAAUUCAAUCGCGUGGGCAGAAGGUGGCAGAAUCCUGUGAAAUCCGCCACCGUGUUUACGUGUGCGAAAAAAGCCCCUAGUGCAUCAAUUCUUAUUGAAAGUCCUCCCCAAGAGCGUCUAAGGCUCUGCGUGUGAAGUGUUGCGAAAAAGUGCGGUUAACAUGUCGUACGAUCAGCAGCGGCAACCGUUGUUCCACAAUCAGCUAAACAUGCCAAAUGGGGCGCCUCCGCAGAUGAAUGCCAACGGACAGUCAAUGUAUCCACCGAAUCUGUCACAGCUGCCCCAGGCGAUGCCACCGAUGGCCCAGAAACUCCCGCCACAGAUGAAUUUGGUGAAUGGGAGCGGAACGACUUCGCGAACGGCGUCUCCGGCCUUCGGGGGCGCUAUUCCAGCGUCUCAGCUGCCACCGGUGCCCAAUGCUGCGCCCCAAAUGCCUCCUGGAAGUGUGUGGAACGCCCAAAGGAUGCCCCCGAGUGCCAAUAUCGCCACUAGUCAGAGCAACUUCAACAACAAUGUCACGCCAGCAUCGCGACCAGCGCCUCCUUCAUCGGCUUUCGCGCCCCUCAAGACUUCCACACCCAACCAGAGUUUUAAUGUGGCCGCAGGGAUGCAGAAUAUGACCCUCAACUCCAAUUAUGCGCCGUCGCCGGCAAGACCUACGUAUCCGCAGCAGCCAACAGGGCAACAGCCCUUCAAUGGUCAAGCCCACCAGCAACCGCUGCAGUAUCAGAGUCAGCAGCCGUAUCAGAACCAGGGUCAGCAGCAGCAACCGCAGCAACAGUUCCAGAACCAGCAGCAUCCUUUUGUGAAUAAUGUGGCUAACAUGGCCAGUAGUCAUGCGGGUUUCAACAGGCUGUGGGGCAAUGAGUCGGUAGACCUGUUGGAGAAUAGGCACAUCCUGCCGCCGGAGAAAGUGCAGCCACCGGUAAUAAGGCUAAAUCAGCAGUUCCAGGAAUCGGUCAACUGCAGUCCCGACAUUUUUCGAUGUACUUUGACGAAAGUACCGGAGACAAAAGAGUUGCUGAACAAGACGAGACUUCCUAUGGGCAUUUUAAUACAUCCUUUCAGAGACUUGAGUAAUCUUCCAGUUAUUCAGUGCUCCACAAUAGUGAGAUGUCGAGCUUGUCGCACAUACAUCAAUCCCUUCGUGCACUUUGUGGACUCCAAGAAGUGGAAGUGCAACUUAUGCUACAGGGUUAAUGAAUUGCCAGACGAGUUUCAGUACGAUCCGGUGAGCAAGACGUACGGCGACGUGACAAGGCGGCCGGAAGUGCGGUCCAGCACAAUAGAAUUCAUCGCUCCCAGUGAGUACAUGUUGCGUCCACCGCAGCCGGCCAUUUAUCUCUUCCUGCUGGACGUGUCUGCCAUUGCUGUGCAGUCGGGCUACUUGAACACUGUCUGUGAUACCCUGAUGGAGCACCUCGACAAUUUGCCGGGCGAUGUGAGGACGCAAGUGGGCUUCAUCACGUUCAGUAAUACCGUGAAUUUCUACCACUUGGCGGAGGGCUUCAAUCAGCCGCACGAGAUCACAGUGCUGGACGUGGAGGAUGUCUUUCUGCCGUGUCCGGACAGUUUGUUGGUGAAUCUCAAGGAGUGCCGAGAAUUGAUCAAAGAUCUGCUCACGCAAUUGCCCAAGAGGUUUGGUCAAGGGCACGAGUCUAAGUGUGCUCUCGGGGCGGCUCUACAGGCGGCCUUCAAGCUGAUGAGUCCCUCUGGAGGUCGCGUGACAGUGUUCCAAGCUUGCCUGCCGAAUUGGGGCCCGGGAGCACUGCAAUCGCGUGAGGAUCCGAACAAUAGGAGCGCCAAAGAGGUGCCUCAUCUUGGGCCGGCCACGGAUUUCUAUAAGAGACUCGCACUGGAGUGCUCAGGGCAGCAGAUUGCGGUUGACAUCUUUCUCCUCAACAGUCAGUACAGUGAUCUGGCGACGCUGGCGGGUGUGAGCAAGUUCAGCGGUGGAUGCAUUCAUCACUUUCCGCUGUUUAGUCAUGGAAAAGUGCAGCAGGUGGAGUCUUUUAAGCGCUCCUUCGAGCGCUAUCUCACGCGCAAGAUUGGUUUUGAGGCUGUGAUGCGCGUGAGAUGCACUCGAGGUCUGGCAAUUCAUACAUUCCACGGCAAUUUCUUCGUGCGUUCUACGGACUUACUGUCGUUGCCGAACAUCAAUCCCGACGCGGGCUUUGGGAUGCAAAUUGUGCAUGAGGAGAGCCUCUCGGAUCUGCGGAGUGUGUGCUUCCAGGCCGCUUUGCUGUACACCAGUAGCAAAGGAGAACGACGGAUUCGUGUGCACACACUCUGUCUGCCCGUAGCGGUGAAUCUCACGGAGAUUCUCUAUUCUGCCGAUGUGCAUUGCAUGGUUGGACUGUUGGCCAAAAUGGCUGUUGAUCGCUCGCUGACGGCCGCGGUGGCGGACGCGCGGGACGCACUCAUCAAUGCCACCGUGGAUGUGCUCUCUGCCUUCAAGAUUGCACAGAAUCUGCCAUCGGGACUCACGGGUCAAGUUAUAGCGCCUCAAAAUCUCGCCCUCUUGCCGCUCUACAUAUCGGCAAUUCUCAAGCAUCCCGCUUUCCGUGUGGGAACGAGCACGAGACUCGAUGAUCGUGUAUUUGCCAUGUGCGAGAUGAAGACUUUGCCGUUGGAUCAGUUGAUGAGGUACGUCUAUCCGGACUUUUACAAUAUCGACAGUCUAUUUGAGAACCCCAAGGCAAAGGUGGAGCCCAGCAGAAUGCAAUUGUCGGCGGAGAAACUGGAUUCUCGAUCAAUCUUCUUGCUGGACUGUGGAGCGCAAAUACUGAUAUUCGUGGGGACAAAUGCUCAACCGAACAUUGUGACCAGUGUUUUUGGCGUUCCAUCUGUGAAUGAUAUUCCAGAUCUAUUCUUCACGCUGCAAAACACUGGAACGCCUGAGUGUGAAGCAUUACAUGCAUUUAUUGAGGGUCUGAAUGAGGAGAAACCAUUUGCUGCAUCCAUUCAAGUUAUAAGAGAUUCGAGCAGCUACAGAAGCCAAUUCACGGAGAAAUUGUUGGACGAUCGUGCAGAUAAUUCUCUCUCAUAUUACGAAUUUUUACAGCACUUACGGUGCCAAGUAAAAUGAUUAUUUGUAUUAAAGC